AUGUCGACUCCUGCUCGCGGUACCGGCCGCCCUCGACGCGGCCGCGGAGGCGUCUCUGCCGUCGUGCCAGCUCCUACACGCGACCUGGAAGAAUCCGACGAGGUGCGCCAGCUGCGUGCAAAGUACUCGGACAAGCUGGCGACCGCAAAGGAGCUCUUCCCCGACUGGACCGACGAGGACGUGCUCUUCGCAAUCAACGAGGCCAACGGGGACGUCGAGGUUGCCAUCGUUCGGAUGUCGGAGGGUCUCGCGCAGCAGUGGGGUGCCGUCAAGACCAAGAAGGACAAGAAGGUCGAGAAGGCGGCAGCUGCUCCGUCGGUCCCCGUCGCUUCCCUUCCCUCGCGCGGUGGAUUCGCCGCCAGGGGCCGUGGUGGCUUCGAGGGUGCUCGCGGCGGUCGCGGCGGUGCUAGGGGAGGACGCGGUGGACGUGGUGGAGCUGUCGGUGUGAACGGCGUUCCUCGCGGUGCCGCUGCUGGUGUCGCAUCGGCUGCGCAGACGCAGGUCAACGGCGCCAGCGACGUCAACUCGGUCACGCCUUCGUCGUUCGUCCCCGCGCCGACUCCCACGGGCGUCUGGGGCAAGCCUGUUGCGGACGCCACGACGGCAGCCGACACGUCCUCGUCGACGCCCUCGAACUGGGCCGACGCUGCGAACGCCCAAGCUGCCGCCGCACAGGAGGCGCCUGCGCCCGCACAUCAGGAGGAGGCUCCCCAGGCCCCCGCCCCUACCGCCGCGCCUUCCGCCCCCGAGGCUGCGCCCGAGCCCGUCUCCGCCUCCGUUCUCGAGGAGACCUCGACUGCCGGCCCGACCAUCUCCCUCCCUACUCCCUCGGCCGCCGAGACCGCCGCUCCCGCCCCUGCUGCCGCUCCCUCCGCCCCUGCAUACGACCCGUGGGGCUCGACUCCCGCCGCUGCCGCGCCGCAGACCGCUCCUCUCGCCGUCGGCGAGGGCUGGGCCGACUCGGUCCUCGCGUCCAAGCCUGCCGCCGAGCAGGACCCGGCCUUCAAGCGCGAGGUUGACGCCCACCUCCCGCCCAACGACAUCACGACCGCUGGCCCUCUCGAGGUCAACUCGCAGGUUGCGCAGGCCGCCGCGCCUGCCCAGCAGCAGCAGGCUCAGGCCGUCCAGCAGCCUGCGCAGGACAAGUUCCUCGGCGCUGGACCUCCUGGUCUCCCCCCCAAGCGCGCGCAGCAGGAGGCUGUCGUCUUCCCCGGCGCGGCUGGCAUCGACCGCCUCGGCGUCCAGUUUGGCUCGCUCGACCUCCUCGACGGCUCGAAGCCCUCGUUCGGCUCGCAGGACGUCGCCAAGCCCGAGACGGCCGCGCCUCAGGUCCCCGAGCAGCCCUCGUACGCCCAGCAGCAGCAGGCGCCGUACCAGCAGCAGCAGGCCGUCCAGACUGAGCAGCCUCAGCAGCAGCAGCCUCAGCAGGCUCAGCAAAUCCCGCAGCAGCCCAAGCAGGAGCAGGUCGUCCAGACCGCCUUCUCGCACUCGGCCCCGACCCAGUCGAACCUCUUCCCCGGCCAGGCGUCGUCGGCCUUCUCGCGCUACCCGAACAUGCCUUCGGCGUACGGCCAGCCUCAGCAGCAGCAGCAGGCUCCCGGCGCGUUCGGCCAGGACGACCAGUCGGCCUACGGCGCGUUCAAGCCAGUCGAGUCGAACCCCGCCGCUCAGGCCGUCUCGUCGCCUUACUUCCAGCACCCGGCGUCGCACUCGCCUGCUCCCGCGACUCAGGCUCCUGCCGCCGCUGCGUCGCAGAGUCCCUACGCCGCGUUCAACUCGAUCCCCCAGCAGCAGGCUCCCGGUCAGCCGUUCGCCUCGCAGGCGACCGACUACUCGAGCCUCUACGGUCAGGACUCGAUGCGCUCGAUGGGCUUCUACGACGCCUACGGCCAGCUCGCCGCGCCCGGCUCGGGCUACCAGGCUCCGUCGCCCUUGCCGACCCGCCCCGAGGACUCGACCUCGCAGGGUGCGCAGGGCGCUUCGCAGACCGCCCAAGCCCCCCAGCAGCAACAGCAGCAGCAGCUCCCGGCCCAGCAGGCCGCCGCCGCCAACUUCUACGGCAUGAACCCGUACGCCGCCGCCGCGUACAACCCGUACGCCGGCUACUACGGCUUCAGCCAGUUCCCGCAGCAGGUCCCGCCCAACUUCUCGGCGCUCCAGGCGCAGUACGCGUACGGCGGGUACGGCGGUGCCCAGCAGCCUCAGCAGACUCAGCAGCGCUACGGCGCGCCCCAGCAGCAGCAGGGUGCGGGCGUCGGCGCGCAGCAGCAGGGCCAGCAGGGCGCGCCGCAGCAGCAGCAGCAGGGUGCCGGCGUUGGCCAGCAGCAGCAGCAGCAACAGCAGGGCGCUAUCGGCCUCAACAAGGGCGUCGGCGCUGGCGGGUACCCGCAGUACGCGUCGUACGGCCAGCAGCAGGGUCAGCAGUCGGCCUACGGCGGCUACGCCAACGCGAAGGACUUUGACGCCACGAGCUCGAGGUUCUUCUAG